AUGCUUUAUCAAAAUGACAGCAGUUUACACCCAGCCACGUUUUUCCUCAUCGGAAUCCCAGGUCUGGAAGGUAUCCACGCCUGGAUCUCCCUGCCUUUCUGCUCUGUUUACCUUGUGGCUUUAGUGGGAAAUGCCACAAUUCUGCUAGUCAUCAAGACGGAGCAGACCCUCCGGGAGCCCAUGUUCUACUUUCUGGCCCUCCUUUCCACGACUGAUCUGGCCCUUUGUACAACCGCUGUGCCCCGCAUGCUGGGCAUCCUCUGGUUUGAUGCCCAUGAGAUUAACUUUGGAGCUUGUGUGGCCCAGAUGUUUCUGAUCCAUGCGUUCACUGGCAUGGAGGCUGAGGUCUUACUGGCCAUGGCUUUUGACCGGUAUGUGGCCAUCUGCGCUCCUCUCCACUACACGACUAUCUUGACGUCCCGGGUGCUGUUGGGCGUCACCAUGUGCAUUGUAAUUCGUCCAGUCCUGCUUACAUUUCCCAUGAUUUAUCUCAUCUACCGGCUACCCUUCUGCCAGGCUCGCAUAAUAGCUCAUUCUUACUGUGAGCACAUGGGCAUUGCAAAACUGUCCUGUGGAAACAUCCGUAUCAAUGCCAUCUAUGGGCUCUUUGUGGUCUCUCUCUUCCUUCUGAAUCUGGUCUUUAUCGGCAUCUCCUACAUUUACAUUCUCUGCUCUGUCUUUCGCCUCCCGUCGUGGGAAGCCCGGCUCAAAGCCCUGAACACGUGUGGCUCCCAUGUUGGGGUCAUGUGUGUUUUCUAUGUUCCCUCGGUCUUCUCCUUCCUCACCCACCGAUUUGGGCACAACAUACCACGCUAUAUUCACAUUCUUGUCGCCAACCUGUACCUGGUGAUCCCCCCUUCACUGAACCCCGUCAUUUAUGGUGUACGGACCAAGCAGAUACAAGAGCAAGUGCUCCGUGUCUUUUCUAAAAAAUAA